AAGGACGUGUAAGUAGACAAGGAAAGAGUAAAGGGGGGAGAACGAGGGGUGAACAGGGGGGAAAUGUGGCACGAUCUCCCCUUUGCCGGUGCCCGGAGUGUGGUGCUCCGCGAGGUUUGGCCUUGUUUUCACUCCACGCGUUGUUCAAAGGAAAGUUUUGGAGCGAGCCGGGUUCUUGUGCUCCUGUCAUUUUCUUAUUUAUUUAUUUAAUUUUUUUUUAGCACGCUGCUCGCUCGCUUUAUUUCUUCAUCAAACUCCACCCUCUCCUUAAAGCCUGCAUACAAAUCGCGAUUUUUAACCUAUUUACCGAUCCUUCUCCUAGCAGAACUCGUGGCUGGCAGCAGGCUCCGUGCUUUCCAAGCGCUCCUCCGCUCCUUCCCUUCCCCUUCUGCUUCUCCAGCUCUCUCCGUGUUCCCUCGCAGGAAGGUCCCUGCCCUCCCUUUCCCCCGGUUCCCCUGUUUGGCCGCUGGAGUUUAAACCUAAGGUUGAUCUAAAGGUGUCUGAGAGCCACAGCAGUCAAACGCUGUGUCCCGCUGUCGGCCGCAGCUUUCAUGGGCUGUAACGCUGUAUUUUGUGUUGCCACAGGAAAGGCAAGGGUGCCGCUCCAGACGGCCUCGUUGGUAGCUCCAGAGGCUGUAGGUCUGGGGGAAAAAUAAAAGGGGGAGGGGAAAGAAAGAAAGAAAGAAAGAAAGAAAGAAAGAAAGAAAGAAAGAAAGAAAGAAAGAAAGAAAGAAAGAAAGAAAGAAAGAAAGAAAGAAAGAAAGAAAGAAAGAAAGAAAGAAAGAAAGAAAGAAAGAAAGAAAGAAAGAAAGAAAGAAAGAAAGAAAAAGGAAAGAAAGAAAGAAAUAGAAACCACCCAAAAAACUUGGAAUUGUGCUCACAGUGAAUUGAAAAAUCAGUGCUAAAUUUAAGGCAGAGCCAUGAGGCAGAGGUUGGCCGAGGGCAGAGGAGGAAAGGUGCGGCCCACGGACGCGUGGGAAUAAAGGGGAAAGUUGUGGGAGUGUGCCACGUCGGGACGAGGGACGGUGCGCCGUGCGGGUGUGUGCGGGUAUCUGCGCGGGGACCGGCCCGAGCAGCAACGUCUCUCAAAGUUACCUUUGUUUACAUGGCAUACGGCUGGGAGCGCGGUGUGGCACUGCUGGAGGGAAACACACACACACACACACACGCUUUUAAAAAAAAAAAAAAAAAAAAAAAAAAACUUUGGUCAGCGCUCGGGACUGGCGGCACGCUCACGCUCUGUGCGGAGAUGGUUAAUGAAUCCGGUGUUUUUGCAGUUGCAAGCUUGUGCAUUCACUGUGCAACGCUGACUGCAGGCUUUUGCAGUGGCGACAGCGCACCAAAGAUAUUAAUUACACCGUCCCCUUUUUUUUCCACGAAUGUUUGGCUAUUCGGUUCAGCGAGGAAGAAUGCCGCCCACCCAGCCCAAUCCUGGCCAGUACGCCCUGACCAACGGGGACCCCCUGAACGGGCACUGCUAUCUCUCGGGAUACAUCUCCCUGCUGCUGCGGGCCGAGCCCUACCCCACCUCCCGCUACGGCAGCCAGUGCAUGCAGCCCAACAACAUCAUGGGCAUCGAGAACAUCUGCGAGCUGGCCGCCCGCCUGCUCUUCAGCGCCGUCGAGUGGGCCCGCAACAUCCCCUUCUUCCCCGACCUGCAGAUCACCGACCAGGUGGCCCUGCUGCGGCUUACCUGGAGCGAGCUCUUCGUGCUGAACGCGGCUCAGUGCUCCAUGCCGCUGCACGUGGCCCCGCUGCUGGCCGCCGCCGGCCUCCACGCCUCCCCCAUGUCGGCCGACCGCGUCGUCGCCUUCAUGGACCACAUCCGCAUCUUCCAGGAGCAGGUGGAGAAGCUGAAGGCGCUGCACGUCGACUCGGCCGAGUACAGCUGCCUCAAAGCCAUCGUCCUCUUCACCUCAGACGCCUGCGGGCUGUCGGAUGCGGCGCACAUCGAGAGCCUGCAGGAGAAAUCGCAGUGCGCGCUGGAGGAGUACGUACGGAGCCAGUACCCCAACCAACCCAGCCGCUUCGGCAAGCUGCUACUGCGGCUGCCCUCCCUGCGCACCGUUUCCUCCUCCGUCAUCGAGCAGCUCUUCUUCGUCCGCUUGGUAGGUAAAACCCCCAUCGAGACCCUCAUCAGGGAUAUGCUACUGUCGGGGAGCAGCUUCAACUGGCCUUACAUGUCCAUCCAGUGCUCCUAGAGCUCGGCCGCAGCCCGGCGGGGACGCUGCGCGGCGGCGGAGGCGGGGGCGCGCGCACCGAGGGGCGGUCGGGGCGCGGGGGGGGCCCGGGAGGCGGACACUGAACAAAAGAACGGCGCAAGUGGGAGCAGAGGUGUGGCCGCGUUGGGGAGAGGGACGGACCUCGCGUCCGUGCGGAUCGUGGUGUUGCGGUUGGUCUUCGGUUUGGUUGGGUUCCGGUUAUUAUUAUUAUUUUUUUUAUAUAUAUUUUUUUUCCGUUUUUUUUUUUUCUUUCGGAGAGGAGGAAAAAAAAAAAAAGAUAAUAAUAAUAAUAAUAAAA